CAGCUUCACUCUCUCACACACACUCUCUCUCUCUCACUCUGUGCAAUGCCGUCGCGCUGAGCGGCUCGCUGUGUGUUUAUUUAUUUAUUUGUUUGUUGGUCCAGGCGGAUACCGGAGCGUUUCAGCGCGUGCAUGCGCGCGUCCUCACCGACUCUCCACUUCUCUGCAACAACCGACAUCACGACUCCCGAGCGGUCCGGUCCGGUCGGGUCGGGUCCGGUGCAGUGAGGUCUCUCAUCUCAGGGUAUGAUGUCAGAUCCUGUGGCGCAGGAUGUGGAGGAGCUGAGGCCGGUGGACUUCAUCCAGCUGCAGCAGUACAUGGACUACUGCAGUUUGAAGGUGAAAGAUGUGCUGAGGGAGUUUGAUGCAGACGGCCGUUUGGCUCAGUACAGGCACGGGGAGUGCAUCGAUGAGGAAGGCUUCCGUCUCUUCCUGAACACGUUUCUGGAGGUGGAUGAGUUCCCUCAGGAUCUCUGCGAGCGCCUCUUCAAAACCUUCAAAACCUCCGACGAGGCCCGGGAGGUUUUCCUUAAAGACGUGUCCUGUUAUUUCUCCCUGCUGGAGGACGGGCAGCCUCGAGACAAACUAGAGUUCGCUUUCAGACUUUAUGACCGAGACGGCAACGGAGUCCUGGACAGUUCAGAAGUGGACCGAAUUAUCACACAAAUGAUGCAUGCAGCUGACUAUCUGGGCUGGGACGUGUCUGAGCUCAGACCUGUGCUGAAGGACAUGAUGACAGCGAUUGACUCAGACAGCAGUGGAACUGUGUCUCUGGAUGAAUGGGUGGAAGGAGGGAUGAACAACGUGCCUCUACUGGUCUUACUGGGCUUGAAGGUGACUCAGACGGACGGGCAGCACCUGUGGAGGAUGAAGCAUUUUAACAAGCCGGCGUACUGUAACGUGUGUCAGAGCAUGCUGCUGGGGCUGCGCAAACAGGGCCUCUGCUGCACAUGCUGCAAGUACACGGUGCAUGGGCGCUGUGCCAACAGGAAUCCAGCUCCGUGCACUCGCACCUACGUCAAAUCCAAGAAGGAGGCUGGGAUUUCAACCCAUGACUGGGUGAGUGGGACCUGCGAGUCUGGGAAGUGUGACAAGUGUCAGAAGAAGAUUAAGGGUUUGCAGGGAAAGACCUGUUCAUGGUGCCAUACUACGCGCCAUAACGAGUGCGCGAGCCAGGAGCCUUCAGAGUGUAACUGCGGCCCACUGAGAGACCACAUUUUACCACCGUGGGCCAUUUACCCCGUCAUUAAGGAGAGACAAAACUGUGUGAAGAACGGAGCAUCAGACGACACCGAGUACAACACUACACCUGAUGGACAGGUCCUGCAGGUUAUUCCAAUUCCUGACACUCAUCCCCUUCUGGUGUAUGUGAACCCUAAAAGUGGAGGGAAACAGGGUGAGAGAGUUCUGCGCAAAUUCCAGUAUUUGUUAAACCCUCGGCAGGUUUAUAACCUCUCCAACGGAGGACCAGGACCAGGGUUGAGCUUCUUCAGGGAUCUUCAAGACUACAAAAUAUUAGUGUGUGGAGGUGAUGGGACUGUGGGCUGGAUCCUCGACGCCAUAGAUAAGGCCAACCUGCCAGUGCGCCCCCCAGUGGCCGUACUUCCUCUCGGAACAGGAAAUGACCUCGCGCGAUGUCUGCGAUGGGGAGGAGGCUAUGACGGCGUGGACCUGAGCCGGAUCCUGAAGGAGCUGGAGUUCAGCACGCCGGUACUGAUGGACCGCUGGAGUGUGGAGGUGGUGAUGGAGGACGAUCAGGAGAAAGGAGACCCCGUGCCUUACGAGAUCAUCAACAACUACUUCUCUAUCGGAGUGGAUGCGUCAAUUGCUCACCGGUUUCAUACCAUGCGUGAAAAACAUCCGCAGAAAUUCAACAGCAGAAUGAAGAACAAGCUCUGGUACUUUGAGUUUGCCACCUCGGAGACGAUCUCCGCAUCCUGUAAAAAGCUGAAGGAGUGCCUCACCAUAGAGUGUUGUGGCAUUCAGCUGGACCUCAGUAACCUCUCCCUGGAAGGCAUCGCUGUCCUCAACAUUCCUAGCAUGCACGGUGGAUCCAACCUGUGGGGCGAAGCCAAAAAGAGUGACAGAGCCAACCAGGAAUUGCCGGAGGUUAUCGUCGACCCUGAAGACCUAAAAGUCAGCCCUCAAGAUAUGAGUGAUGAGCGUCUGGAGGUGGUGGGACUGGAGGGAGCGAUAGAAAUGGGACAGAUCUACACAGGUCUCAAGAGUGCUGUUCGACUCGCCAAGACCUCUCAGAUCACCAUCAGGACAAAGAAAGCCCUGCCCAUGCAGAUCGAUGGUGAGCCGUGGAUGCAGCCGCCGUGUACUAUUAAUAUCACACACAAGAACCAGGCCUGCAUGCUGAUGGCUCCUCAAGCCAAAUCUUCCGGCUUCUUCAACCUAAAGUAGUGUCUCCCCCUGCGUCUGCAUCAGCAACCUGACGUGUUUAUGUGGUCCAGAUAUAGCAAUUUAUGGAUGCUGAAACCAAUGUGGCCAAACUGUGCGUGUUGAAAAGGAUUCUGUACGUACACAGAUUAUGAUGCUUCAUUUCAUAUUUUUUAAACUUCCCUGUGAUCUGAGGAGGCGAGGAGAUGAUCGCCUCUUAUUCACACUGUCACUUACCUCAGUGGUGCAUCAACAAUGCAGUGUUAGUUUUACUCGAUCCCCAUUGUGCCAUUACUGUCCUUCACAGCAGCGAGAAGGUCCAGAUCACAGCAACAACACACCAAGGCUUUCGUUUUCAGUGAUUUCAGUCUUCUACGGCUUUAGGAAAUACUCAUAACGUUUAACAUCAAGGUAUAAACCGGCUGUGUUAGGGCUAGGUGUUAGGGUUUAGGGUCUGAAUAUCUGAGCGUGCAAAAAAUGCCAAAGCAGCCUGUAAUUGUGUUUACACCUGAAGCAUGCGGUGUAAUAAUUAUUUAGAUAACAUAUUAAUAAAUUAAGAUAAACGGUUUCACAUUUCGCCUGGUUACGUUGACAUUAGCGAGAGAUGACUCAAGAGCUCGAUUCAAACUGACCAUCCUACUAUUUUAUUUAGUAUAUUUUAAUAGCUUGAAGUUUAUUUUAAGUUUAUAAUUUAACUGUGUUCAUACUGAUCUUAAAUCAAUAGACGUUCUUCACACAAGCAUGCACAUGCUUAGAAAAGUAGACUGUGAUAAAUCACAUGCCUUGUAAGAGUUGACAUCAUUGUCACUUUCUCGAGCUUAUUUCCUGAGAAUGUACAUCUUUCAAAUUACUGCCUGUAAAAAUGACUGAAUAAAUGUCACAAAAUGUUUAAUUAAA